UUCACAGAUGACCUGCACAAAUUAGUGGAUGACUGGGCCAAGGAGAAUGCAGGCAAUAUCCAUCAAAAACCCAGUCUGAAUCAGAUCAAACAGAGCCAAAGCCGCCCAGAGUCAGAAAGCUGGAAUCGGGUUCAUGAGAAUUCAUCAGCUGCCCCUGGCUUCACAUCGACCUGGAUGCCCACGAUAUCUCCGAUUCACGGGACUGUUCCUGCUGCUAUUUCUUCAUCUCUUGUACUCCCCAACUACCCAACAGGAGGAAUUCAAUCAUACCCUGUAUCACACACCUGCCAGUUCAAUGCAAUAGGCAGCACUGGCUACCCAGUACAAUGGCCUACCCAGACACCGGGACAUCCCUCACAGCAUCUUGCAGCAUUCCAACCUGGAAUCGGGAUGCAAGCAUUUCCCUCUGCUACAGCCCAGAAAGCUGCUACAAUACCAACAUCCCCCAAAUGA